AUGCGACUCAACUUUCUCCCGCACUCCGCGGAAAACGCGGCGAAAGUGUCCGCCAUUUUUCCUGCUAAAGGCACGCGCCGCCUCUUCCUGGAGGCGGGGCCGCGGGUGUGGGCGUGGCUGUGGCUGUGGCUGUCGGAGGGCGGCCGGUGCUGGGAGCAGCCGCGGCUGCCGCCCACGCCCGCGGGGGCGGAGGUGCUGAUGGCGACGCUGGGCGGCACGCGCUCCCACACGGCGCCCUUCCUGGCGCUGGGCCGGCAGCUGGCGCGCAGGGGGCACCGCGUCACGCUGCUCAGCGCCUUCCCGCCGCCGCCCGGGGAGGAGACGCCGGGCGUGCGACAGCUGAACCCGGAGCCGCUGGUGCGCUACGUGUCGGAGCUGACGCGCGGCUGGGACCUGCUGGGGGCGCGCGCCAGGGGUGACCAGCCCGUGCCGCCCUGGGAGGCCGUGCGCUUCGGCCUGCAGGUGCGUCGCCGCGUGCAGCAGCGCGGGGGGCCGCGAACAGCAGGGGCCGGGGGCUCUGGGAGGGGGGCGGUCCCUGGGGGGCGUGGUCUUGUUAGAGGGCCGGCGCUGGCGCUGCUGGACGGCGCCUUCCCCGACUGCCUGCUGGCGCUGGCGCACCGCCUGGGCGCCCCGCACGCCCUCCUCAACACGGUGGCGGCGCACCCGGGGGCGGCCAGCUGGGCCGCCGCCAGCCCCGCGCCCUUCAGCGUCACGCCCUUCAUGGGCCUGCCCUACACCGACCGCAUGGCCCUGCCGCAGCGCCUGCUCAACGCCGCCUACCACGUCGCCCUCAGGGCCAUGCAGGUCCUCAGCACCAAGCUGCUGCUGGAGCCGUGCGUGCGGCGCCACCUGGGUCCUGACGUGCCGCCCAUCAGCUGGCUGGCGCGCAACACCAGCUUCGUGCUCCAGAACGCGCUCAGCCCCACUACUCUGCCGCGCGCCUACUUCCCGGACGUCGCCGAGGUGGGCUGCCUGCACUGUCGGCCAGCCAAGCCGCUGCCCCAGGACCUGGAGGAGUUCGUGAGCGGGUCGCCUUCUGGCUUCGUGCUGGUGAGCAUGGGCUCCGGCGUCAGGGCUGCCAACAUGCCGGCGGAGCUGCACCGGCUGCUGAUGACCGCCUUCGGCAGCCUGCCGUACCGCGUGCUGUGGAAGCACGAGGCCGGCCCGGGCAGCGAGGGGGUGGUGCCGGGGAACGUCAUGCUGAGGCGCUGGCUGCCGCAGCAGGACCUGCUAGGGCACCCGCGGCUGCGCGCCUUCGUGGGCCACGGCGGGCUGCUGAGCGUGCUGGAGGCGGGCUUCCACGGCGCGCCGCUGCUGGCGCUGCCCGUCUUCUGCGACCACGACGCCAACGCGGCGGCCGCCCGGCGCGCCGGCUUCGCGCGCGUCCUCCAGCUCCAGGGGCUCACCGCCCCCGCACUCGCCGCCGCCGUCCGCGCCGUCGCCACCGACCCCAGGUACCGGGAGGCUGCUUACCGUCAGUCAGUGCUCAUCCGGGACCAGCCGACACCCCCGCUGGAGAAGGCCGUCUUCUGGACGGAGUACCUGCUGCGCCACAAGGCCGACACAAGGCACCUGCAGUCCGCCGCCAGGGACAUGGCCUGGUGGCAGCUCUACUGCCUGGACCUCGCCCUGGUCGUGCUGGGCCUCCCUGUCCUCCUGUGGGUUGCUCUUUCUAGGCUCUGCCACUUGCUGCUUCACUCCAGGCGCGCACUGGCCAAGAAGCUCAAGGCUCACUAG